AUGCCAUUGGAUUGGGCCUCAGAAGGGCACGAGUACCAAGUUGCGGUUUCUGCACAGCCAAGGAGACGGCUCCUUCUCGUUUGCAUCGACCGCUCACUCGUUGAGCCCAGAGAGAAGCGAGUGCAAGGAUUCGAAUCCCACGGCUUUCUUUGGACUCUUCCCGUCUCUGUCGCUUCUGUCGCCUCUGAGCAUAGCUCUCCUUCCAAGGAAACAUUCGAAAGACAUCGAUUCGUAGUUGCCAGCCAACUGCCGCCUGCAAAGCAUAGCACCCAGUUUGCGCGUGUUCCAUCGCGUGCCAUAUCCAAUAUGCAAACCAACAUCACAAGCAAGGUCCAAGGUUCAGCAUUGACGCGUUAG